CUGCUGCGGCGGCUCCGCAGGCUCCGGUCGCUCCCGCCUCCCCAGCGUUACCCGCGGCCACAGCCGCGCACCCAGGCAGGCUCGGAGGAGCGGAGUAGGCUGCACGGUGUGGAGCCCAGCUCAGGGCUUGAACUGACAACCCCGAGAUAAAGACCAGCCCUGAGAUCAAAGAGUCAAACGCAACCGACUGAGCCACCCAGGUCAUGGCUUCUGGCUUCUUGGACCUGAGGCUCCAGCCGAGGAAAUGACUGUCAGGGAUCUGGCUCCACGCCUGUUACGGAGACUGAACCUUCACAGGGCGAGGACUUGCCCAGCACAGGAACGUCUCUCUCUCUGAAGGGCUUUCUUUAUAUUUGUCACAAAGACCGUAAAAAUGGCGACGUCAUCUAUCAGACGGCAAAUGAAAAACAUUGUGAACAAUUACUCGGAAGCUGAAAUAAAAGUGCGGGAAGCCACGUCCAACGACCCGUGGGGCCCGUCCAGCUCCCUGAUGACCGAGAUCGCCGACCUGACCUACAACGUGGUGGCCUUCUCGGAGAUCAUGAGCAUGGUGUGGAAGCGCCUCAACGACCACGGCAAGAACUGGCGGCACGUGUACAAGGCGCUGACACUGCUGGACUACCUCAUCAAGACGGGCUCCGAGCGGGUGGCCCAGCAGUGCCGGGAGAACAUCUUCGCCAUCCAGACCCUGAAGGACUUCCAGUACAUUGACCGCGAUGGCAAGGACCAGGGCAUCAACGUGCGCGAGAAGUCCAAGCAGCUGGUGGCCCUCCUCAAGGAUGAGGAGCGGCUGAAGGCUGAGAGGGCCCAGGCUCUCAAAACCAAAGAGCGCAUGGCCCAGGUCGCCACAGGCAUGGGCAGCAACCAGAUCACCUUCGGCCGCGGCUCCAGCCAACCCAACCUCUCCACCAGCUACUCGGAGCAGGAGUACGGCAAGGCGGGGGGGUCGCCGGCCUCCUACCAUGGCUCACCCGAGGCCUCGCUGUGUCCCCAGCACCGCGCAGGGGCCCCGCUGGGUCAGAGCGAGGAGCUGCAGCCGCUGAGCCAGCGCCACCCCUUCCUGCCGCACCUGGGGCUGGCCUCCCGCCCAAAUGGCGACUGGUCCCAGCCCUGCCUCACUUGUGACCGCGCAGCCCGAGCCACUUCCCCGCGGGUGUCCUCCGAGCUGGAGCAGGCCCGGCCCCAGACUAGCGGAGAAGAGGAGUUACAGCUGCAGCUGGCGCUUGCCAUGAGCAGAGAAGUGGCCGAGCAGUCCCAUUGUCCUCUGCAGGAAGAGCGCCUCAGGCGGGGUGACGACCUCAGAUUACAGAUGGCCCUAGAAGAAAGCCGAAGAGACACGGUGAAGGUUCCAAAAAAGAAAGAGCAUGGCUCCCACCCACAGCAGACCACUCUGUUGGAUUUAAUGGAUGCCCUCCCCAGCUCAGGCCCUGCUGCCCAGAAAGCAGAGCCCUGGGGCCGGUCAGCCUCAGCUAACCAGACAAACCCUUGGGGCGGGCCGGCGGCCCCAUCCAGCACUUCAGACCCCUGGCCACCAUUCGGUGCCAAGCCAGCUGCCUCCAUUGACCCGUGGGGCGUGCCCACGGGCGCCAGCGCACACUCCGGCCCCAAGGGCUCAGACCCCUGGGCGGCCCCGCAGCAGCCUGCCCCCAGCACUGGGAAAACAGCGGACGCCUGGGCUGCAGCCUCGGCCGCCAAACCCGUCUCGUCCUCUGGGGCCUUUGAUCUCUUCAGUAAUUUGAAUGGUACAAUUAAAGAUGACUUUUCUGAGUUUGACAACCUCCGAACUUCAAAAAAAACAGCUGAGGCCGUGGCCUCUCCGCCAUCCCAAAACAAUGGAACUACAAGCCCCGACCCCUUUGAGUGCCAGCCCCUGACCACCGCCUCAAGCAAGCCCAGCAGCGCCCGGAAAACACCCGAGUCCUUCCUGGGCCCCAACGCGGCCCUGGUCAACCUGGACUCGCUGGUGACCAGGCCAGCCCCGCCGGCCCAGUCCCUCAACCCUUUCCUGGCACCAGGUGCAGCCGCGGCCUCGGCCCCUGUCAACCCCUUCCAGGUGAACCAGCCCCAGCCGCUGACGCUGAACCAGCUGCGGGGGAGCCCAGUCCUGGGGACCAGCUCGUCCUUUGGGCCUAGCCCAGGUGUGGAGCCCAUGGCCGUGGCCUCCAUGACCUCCACGGCCCCACACCCGGCUCUGGGGGCCAGCGGUUCCUCCCUGACGCCACUGGGCCCCGCCGCAAUGAACAUGGUGGGCAGCGUGGGCAUCCCCCCCUCGGCAGCUCAGGCCACCGGCACAACCAACCCCUUCCUUCUCUAGUGCCCAGGCCUGGGACCCACCACAGAGCGAAUGCCCAGAGCCUCUGUGCCUGAGGACGCCGAGCAGGGACUCUCGAUUGUGGAAUGGUGUCCGAGCGUGGGGGGUGGGUGUUAGGGCUCUCCAGUUCCGGCUUCCUGAUAAAAGGGUUGUCUUCACAGCCCCGACCCGCAGACCCGAGCGGCGGCAGGUCUGCUAGACGUCAGACGCAGCACGUGGGUCUCCGCGCCUUUCGAAGCUGCCCGCCCCCAGCCCGCUGCGGGGUCGCCUCUCAGGGUCCUGGUCCUGGUCCUGGUCCUGGAGGUUGGCUAGCUCUCUCCGGGGCCUGGGACGAGGAGGCGGGAGUUGUCAGCGUUGCCCUGGCCCUGAGCCUCAGCCUGAGGGCCUCUGGGAGGCCGCCUGGCCCGGGCCUUGGGACGGCCGCCGUGUCUCUGCCCCCCCCCCCAGCGCUGGCGACACCCCAGGUGGUCCCAGGGGUGGACAGAAGGAAGCACCGGCUCCAUGAGACGCUGACCUUUUCGGGGAAGUGGCUGUGCAUAUUUUAUUUUUCUUUGACUCGUGUGUGAGGUCAAAGUAAACACCACCACCGUGGAACAACUCUUGAAUUAAAUCCACUAGAGCAAGCUUUAAACUAAUCUGAGCAUAACCCUGCCGCGUGGCUCUAUGCUUGUAUACGUUUGCACAUAAUUUGUUUAGUACGGUUUCAUAUUUGAGUUUGCAAAAUUAUCUAAUAGUCUUUUUUUGGCUAAUAUUUUUAUAACGUGGUUCUUAUUUAACUGUCUAGUUUUGAUAGAAUUUACCAGGUCUGGCUGAAUUAAGAUAUUGGCACGUGUCAUGUGAGUGGUUUAAACCCUCUUAUUUAUGGUUUUAACGCUAAGAAAAUUUAAAUAGGAAGAGACAAAAAUGCCUUAUGAAAAAAAAAAACUAAAGCAAAUUCUUUAUAGGGAAAAAUACGGGAAUUUGAUUACACAGAAAAGAUGAUGUUUAUUUAAAAAAAAAAAAAACCUACAACAGCAGCAACAACAAAAAUCCCAGCCUCCAGUUGCCUUUUCUUUUCCUCCCUUUUUUGGUGACUUACCAAACGGAUCGACCUGCAGCCUUUUGGGCUAGAUCCUGAGACAGGCUAUUUUUCUUACUGCUGCACCAACAUCAAGUUAAAGAAGGAGAAACACCUCAUGGACGGAUGUGCCUCGCCCGUCUUUACCGGCUAAUUCCCUUCUGUAACUGAAGGCACGCACGGGUCAGCAAGGACUUCCGUUCCCAGUGGAAAUCUGGAACGGAAGAGGCAUCCUGAGCCUCGUGUGUCUGUGACCUCCUCUGUCUUAAUCCGCACUCAGGGUAAGGAUGGGGAUGGCCUGGAGAUGGCGGGCGCCGGGGGGCGGCAGAGCUUCUGUGCCCGGGGCUCCUUGGGGCGGCCCGGCCUCCAGGCCGAGACAGGUAGCGGCCGGGGCCGGCCCUGACGCACCCACCUGCUAACUCCAGACACACGCUGCAGACUUAAAAAUAAUCAUCUCUUAUUUUGGAGUGGAAGGGAAAAAAAAGUCAUUCUCACAGAGAUUUUUAACAAACACGCACUCAUAUUACCUCCCUCUGCCACCUUCCUCCUUUCCUCGCCCCACCCACCCCUAGAAGAAAAGUAUGAAUUCAUGAAAGAGAAAGACAAGAUGUGCUUCUCCCCAGGGAAGGGACCCCCCCACACACACACAUACCCAUCCUGCAUCCGGUCAGGUCAGCUUGCCUGUGGGCGUGCCAGUCUUGCUUCCCACUGUGGACUUCUCUGCCCCAACUCCAAGGGCAGCCGACCCCCUGGUGUUCCUCCGUGCCCCGCCCCCCUCGCCUGUUGUCGGGGGAGAUGGGACCCAGAGCAGGGCCCAGGCCUGGAGGUGCGCAGGUGUCCGAACGGCCUUUUCCAGCCUCUCCUGUUCCUCAUUUUAAAAGCUCACCCGUGCUGCUCCCCACGGCUGUCCCCCGGCCCGAGGAGCCACCCCCCGAGCUCCGGCCAUGUCUCCACCAGGGCUGGAGACCUGGGGCUGGACCGCGGGCUCCCGCCCAGUCUGGCCUCUUCCGACCUAGGGGAGGGUGGAGACAGGGUGGAGCCUUGCAGGUCGCUUCCCGGGGGAGGUGCUUUCACUCACAUGGUGCGAGUCCAGACCCCUUCACAAGCCAGUAGACCAAACCUGACUACUGGGUCAGUGAUCCUUUCACAACAGUCAAGAGCCCUUCCUGACUUGACUUGGAGGCCCCAACAUUUAGCCACUGGGCCGCCAAGGCCCCAAGAGACCCACUGCGCCCCCCCCCCCGGGUCCCAGGCCCGUCCCAGGCACCUUGUCCCUAUUGCCUGCUGCACUGAUCACGAGGCCACCGGUCACUGCCACGCGUGUGGUGCACAUGUCGUCGUGCUCGCUCCCGACGGGCACUGUGGUAGGGGUGUCACCCAGCCGUUUUCUCAGUCCCAGGGGCCGGUGGCUGGUUUUGAACUUGUGUUGACUAUUGAUACUUAUUUACUGUACAAAUAUAAUUUAUCAUUUGUAUCAUGA